AUGGCUUCCCAGGACACGCUCCGGGAUGCAGGGCAAUCGACUGCGCACGUUAAAAACCGCAGCGUGAGCCCCUCAGCCCAUCCGCAGCACCAAUACAACAACGCUUCGCCCGGCUUGACUCUAGACCCUUCCUUCGCCGUUUCAGCUUUCCAAACCUCUGCAUCGUUUAAUGCCAACCCGAAUCCGAAUUCACCGGGCGCCGAGUCCUACAGCUAUACCGCGGGCGGCUACCUCUCCCCGACCAGCGCGCAAACACUGGCCCCGCCCGAUCAAGCUUUCUCCCACGGCCUCCAACUGCCCCAGUCCUUCGACCCAGGGCUGGUCAACCAGCUCGACCCUUCAUCGGGGCUUCCGAUGCAACCACAGCUUCAGCAACAUCAACAGCCGCACGAGGAAAACUUCUCCACCCUCCUGAACUCAAACCCGACCGACUUCGAUUUCUCCCUAUACCCGAAUCAUAGUCCCAACAGCACGACCGCCUCCGAAUACGAUUCCUCGCUGAUGCUGGACACUCAGAUGCAGGGGCAUCCCCGACAAGUCAGCCAGGCCGUCAACCCGGCCGAUCUGGUCGGUCAGAUAUCCUCCCCUCACGCCGUCGCCUCUCCACAGAUGUCUCCGCAGGACCAGCAGCCUCAUCAUUCGUCUCCGGGCCCUAUGUCUCCUCCAGGCUCAACGCCAGGGGCAUACUAUACCCCUCAGCACUCCCGUCAUACGUCGUUGGAUCCAGCCAGUGCUGCAUAUCUGACGGGCAAUGCGCCUCCGGACUGGCAGAGCAUGAUGGGUAAUGCCGCCUUUCAGGGCCAUCGGCGUGCCCCCUCUGAGGUGUCUGAAGUGUCAUCCGCUGCGCCCUCUCCGUACAUGUCACAGCAUGAGUCCUUUGACGGGGUAGAUAAUAACCCAUCUCCGCUCUUGGCGCCUCAGAAUGACCCAGGACUUUACGACAGCUCGCUCGGGAUUGAAUCCUUCACACUGUCGGAGCAGCAGCAGCAGCAGCACCACCACCACCAUCAGGGCAUCAGUCCAGUCCACAGCCCGUACAUUUCUCCGCAACUAAUGCCCCAGCAGGGGAACGAUAUGAUCCCUAACAUGCCGUAUAUCUCCGCUCCCGCCGGGAACCGAUACUCAUGUCCUCCCACGGAUAUCUAUGGCAACGGAACGGAAGGCGUUGCUAAUAUGGCUCAGGGAACCGCCAUCGUCGGGGAUAUUGGUCAGGCGUCACAGAUGGCGCCACCAUCCAUUAACGUGGAGUUCGCGCCACCUGCUAAAAACCCGAUCUUUCCUUCAACCAAGCCAACGGCAGAUUUAGAUUCGUUGAGUCCGCCUCCGUCUAUGCGCCGCAUGCGUAGCAAAUCUGAUCCGUACGCCCAUCCGGCUUCUCGUUCACGAUCCCCUGUGUCAGUAUCGAGUAGCCUAGAGCCCUUAGCCCCGUCAUCCCCACGGUCGUUGUCGCCGUUUGACCCGACAGGCCGCCAGCCACACAGUAACCCCUCGUCCCGGGACCCUUCGCCCUCGCGAUCUCGUCGUCUGUCUACGUCAUCUAUUGACAACCGCAAUUAUAUUUUGGGUCUCGCGGACCCUCAGCGGCCCGGCGCAAGCCCUAAUGAUUCCAAGCGUGUUCAGAAACACCCUGCUACAUUCCAGUGUCAUCUUUGUCCCAAACGCUUCACCAGAGCCUACAAUCUCCGGUCCCAUUUGCGAACCCAUACGGAUGAAAGACCGUUUGUCUGUACCGUCUGUGGGAAGGCAUUCGCUCGUCAACACGAUCGUAAAAGGCAUGAAGGCCUGCAUUCCGGAGAGAAGAAGUUUGUCUGCCGUGGCGAUCUAUCACGGGGCGGGCAGUGGGGAUGCGGUCGCCGAUUUGCCCGUGCAGAUGCCUUGGGCCGCCAUUUCCGAUCGGAGGCGGGCCGAAUCUGUAUCAAGCCACUCCUAGACGAAGAAUCUCAAGAGCGAGAGCGCUCGCUUAUGGAUCAACAGCAUCAGCAGCAUGCGGGCCACUUACAGCCGGUCCCGCAGCCGCUCAUGGUGCCGGGAAUGGACGGUCAGCAUGCCAACGGUUUUGUUCUCCCAGCCGCGCUGCUGGCACAAUACCCAGCCCUACAGAACUUGCAGUGGGAUCAGAUAACUGCGGCGGCAGAGGAUCCUAGUGACAUCGGAGGUCGUAGUAGCUUUGACGCCAGUUCAGGCGGCGAGUUUGGCUUCGAAGAUGAUGAGUCAAACCUCAGCAGUGUCUCCGGCAUGAGUGGGUACGGAAGUCCCCAGGACAAUCUUUACGUGAUGAACAAUCAGAAUCAAAUGCUGAACGUCAACCCUGGGGACUCAGGCUAUGCCUAA